GUUGCUCUCACUCAGAGCCGGUGGCUGUGGCAGCGUCGUCCAUGGCAAGGCAACGGAUAUAAGCGCGCGCGAUCUUUAUUCCUUUUUUUUUCUUCCCCUACCCUCAAUUUCUCGUCUCGAGCUGCUCACGGUCCAUCCAAAGCCCGCACCAUGACCAUGCUCGGCCGCCUGUGGACUCUAUUCUGCCUCCGCGUGUGCUUUUACGCGAGCUUCGGAUUAGCGCAAAGCGCCAGAGAGGUGAUCCUGCUGGACUCGAAGGCACAGCAGACUGAGAUGGAGUGGGUAGCGUCUCCUCCGAACGGGUGGGAAGAGAUCAGCGGGAUGGACGAGAACUUCAUCCCCAUUCGCACGUAUCAGGUGUGCCAGGUGAUGGAACCGAAUCAAAACAAUUGGCUUCGGACUAACUGGAUCGAAAAGGGUGAUGCUCAGAGGAUUUUCGUGGAGCUGAAAUUCACACUGCGGGACUGUAAUAGCCUGCCUGGUGUGGUAGGAUCUUGCAAGGAAACGUUCAACUUGUACUACCAGGAGACGGACGCCGAGAUGGGCAGGAAUAUCCGCGAGAGCCAGUAUGUGAAAAUAGACACUAUCGCGGCGGACGAGAGCUUCACACAGGGCGAUCUGGGCGAGAGGAAAAUGAAGCUGAACACGGAGGUGCGGAUCAUCGGGCCGCUCUCACGCAGAGGCUUCUACUUGGCCUUCCAGGAUGUCGGAGCAUGCAUCGCUCUCGUCUCGGUCAAAGUUUACUACAAGAAGUGCUGGUCCAUCAUCGAGAACCUGGCCACGUUCCCGGACACAGUGACGGGAUCGGAGUUUUCCUCACUCGUCGAGGUCGAGGGAACGUGCGUCAGCGACGCCGAGGAGGAGGCCGACAACUCUCCCAAGAUGCACUGCAGUGCCGAGGGCGAGUGGCUCGUCCCGAUCGGAAAGUGCAUCUGCAAGGCCGGGUUUCAUCAGAAAGGGGACUCAUGUGAACCUUGCGGCCGUGGCUUCUACAAGUCUUCGUCGCAGGACCUGCAGUGCUCGCGCUGUCCUGCCCACAGCUAUAACGACAGAGAAGGAUCCUGGAAGUGCGAAUGCGAGGACGGCUACUACCGAGCGCCCUCAGACCCUCCCUCCGUCGCCUGCACAAGACCUCCUUCGGCUCCUCAGAAUCUGGUCUACAACAUCAACCAGACCACAGUAACCCUCGAGUGGAACCCUCCGGCCGACUCUGGCGGACGCGACGACCUCACCUACCGGAUCGUAUGCAGGAGGUGCAGCUGGGAACCUGAGGAGUGCAUGCCGUGCGGAGGGAACGUGGCAUUCACGCCACAGCAGAGCGGCCUCAUGGAAACCUCCAUCACUAUCAGUGAACUUAUGCCACACGCCAACUACACUUUCGAAGUAGAAGCCGUUAAUGGAGUUUCGGACCUGAGCCGGACACAGAGGCUCUUCGCUGCUGUCAGCAUCGCCACCAGUCAGGCUGCUCCGUCUCAGGUCAGCGAGGUGAUAAAGGAGCGUGUGCAGGAGCACAGCAUUCAGCUGUCAUGGCAGGAACCUGAGCAGCCCAAUGGAGUCAUCACCGAAUAUGAGAUCAAGUACUAUGAGAAGGACCAUAAGGAUCGCAUCUACUCCACGGUCAAGUCCAAGUCCACGUCGGCGACGGUGAACAACCUGAAGCCCAGCACGGCGUAUGUCUUCCAGAUCCGAGCGUUCACCUCGGCGGGGUACGGCAUGUUCAGCCCCAGGCUCGAGGUCACCACUAAGGAUGAGUCAUCAGGAGCCGCUACGAUUGUGUCGAGCGAGCAGAACCCGGUCAUCAUCAUCGCCGUGGUGGCAGUAGCCGGCACCAUCAUCCUGGUGUUCAUGGUGUUCGGCUUCAUCAUCGGGAGAAGGUACGCUCUCGCGGCCCCCGUUGACUCGCCGCUCCUGCACUGCGGCUACAGUAAAGCAGACCAGGAAGGAGAUGAAGAGCUUUAUUUCCAAUUUAAAUUUCCAGGCACCAAAACCUACAUCGACCCCGAAACCUACGAAGACCCCAACAGGGCUGUGCAUCAGUUCGCCAAGGAGCUGGACGCCUCAUGUAUUAAGAUCGAAAGGGUGAUCGGCGCAGGGGAGUUUGGCGAAGUGUGCAGCGGUCGCCUGAAGCUUCCCGGGAAGAGGGAUGUUCCUGUAGCUAUCAAAACUCUAAAAGUAGGCUACACAGAGAAGCAAAGGAGGGACUUCCUGUGUGAAGCGAGCAUCAUGGGGCAGUUUGAUCAUCCCAAUGUGGUCCAUCUAGAAGGCGUGGUCACCAGAGGGAAGCCAGUCAUGAUCGUCAUCGAGUACAUGGAAAAUGGCGCGUUAGAUGCCUUCCUCAGGAAACACGACGGCCAGUUUACGGUGAUCCAGUUGGUCGGUAUGCUUCGCGGGAUCGCCGCAGGCAUGCGCUACCUCUCGGACAUGGGCUACGUGCACCGCGACCUGGCAGCGCGCAACAUCCUGGUCAACAGCAACCUCGUGUGUAAAGUGUCCGACUUCG